GAACUUUAACAAACCUAAAACGCUCCUCUGUUCUUCAUUGCCGCUCCUUGCUUGUUAAAGUUUCGAUCACUCCCAGACGCGACGCCUCUGUUGAACGAGUGUCUUGCUGUCAAGCUAGCUGUUGCAUUCCUUCACGAAGCUCAUCGUUCAAAUUCUGUGUAUGUUUGGGGGUGUGGCGAUUGGAGAAUAGUGUUGUGGUGAAAAACCUUGUAGGUGAUUCCAUAGGUAUUGCAUUCCAGGCUACAAAAAUUAGGAUCUGUAGAGAAGCAUAAGUACAAUUAUAGUGGUGGAAUAAUUAUGUUUGAUGAAUUGCAUAAAGACCUUGCAAUUGGUUUGGCAUCCUCUGCAAUAAGGCAGGAAGUGUCACCAAUAUAAGCCUUAAAGAUUCUGGUCUGAAAGGGGCAAUUUCACAUUCUAGCUGCCGAUUUGAAGGAAGAAUCCUGUCUAUCCUAAUAACAAAAACUGCCUUUUGGCAAGGAAACCACACUGCGCAGCUCUAUCUUGCACACAGGAAAAAAAAAUGUUGGAGUUUCGUUCAGGCAAAAUGUUUUUUGAGGGUAAAAAGGUUGUCCCUGAUGCACGAAAAGGACUUAUUCGCAUAACAAGGGUACAUUAUAUAUCCUGCCAUUUCUUUGACUUGGAAUUUAUGCCUCAAGGCGAAGAGGGAUUAGUCCAUUUUCAGUGGCUUGAUCGUAGUCGGAAUGUUGUUGAAGAUGAUCAAAUUAUAUUCCCUGAUGAGGCGGUUUUUGAGAAGGUUAAUCAGGCAUCAGGAAGGGUUUACAUCUUGAAGUUCAAUACUGAUGAUCGGAAGUUUUUCUUUUGGAUGCAGGAGCCUAAAGCUGAAGAUGACGAGCAGUUGUGUAACUCUGUCAACUAUUAUAUAAAUCAACCAUUAGAUCUUGGUGAUGAAGAGCCUGAUGCUUCAGCUCCUUUACAAGUUUCUGAAGACAUGGUUGAAGAUGAUAUCUCAUCAAGGGAAGGUAACUUAAUUGUACCCAAUUUAGGUGCGAAAGUAAUUAGUGAUGUAAGCUCUUCAUCAGGACCGGUGAAAUUGGAAGACCUACAAAGAAUCUUGAGUGAUAUUGGGCAUGGAGGUGCAGGUAGUGCUGGAGAUCCAGAUGGAGGCUUGGGAUUAGGGGAUAUACUGAAGCCUGAUUUAAUAAUGCCAUUGAUCAACACAUUGCCAUUGGAAGAAAGACUAGCUUCAUACUUGCCUGAGGGUCAGUGGACUCCAGAGGAUAUUUUGGAGUUGCUGCAGAGCCCACCUUUCCGUCAACAAGUGGAUUCUUUUACUCAUGUACUUCGAACUGGACAGAUAGAUUUGUCUCAAUUUGGGAUAGACCCUAGUAAAUACAAGUUCACAGUUUUAUCUUUUUUAGAGGCACUUGAAGAUUCAGUUUCCAAGGUGUCUGAGGAAUCAAGGCAAGAUGAUGAGAAUUUAACAACCCAGUCGUGUGAUCGAAAUGAGCCUAUGGACGAGAGCCAUUAGCGGAGGCAGUUUCCUCCAACCUUCUGCUUGAUCUCUCACCUUUUUUUUUCAUAUAUCUCUGGCAGUUGGAAGGCAAAACGAUAACAAGAAAAAGAAAAGGUGUUCAUUUGGGCUUAAAUUUAUGAUUUAUGUGUACACAGAACAACUUUUUUUUUUAAAUUAUAUAUCUUCAAACAUUUAGGGGAAUAUUUUUUUUGGUUCUCAAAUCAUUGUAGCCGAUGAUAUUUGAUUUUAGGAUGAUUCUUGGAACUUAAGAAGUUAUGCUUGUUGAAAAUGGAAUAGCUGUGUUAUGUUUGCAUAAAA